AGCUUGAAAAGUAAAUCAACAUUCAAUCAACAUUUACUGGCACAAAGAAAAGUUAAAUAUGACACACGUAUCUGAGCAUUAAAACUUCGUGGAAGUGAUGAAGUCAAGCUCAAAAUUGAGAGAAGUAUAAUAAUCAUGCCACACCCAGAAGAAAGAACUUAUCAAUGUGACCAGUGCCAUGACUCGUUUUGCGAGGAAGCUCUCUUGGCAGAACAUAACAAAACUCAUGAAGGCGAAAAAAGCUUUGAGUGUGGCGAGCGUUCCAAGAAUUUCGUGCAGAAGGAAAGACAGAACGAACGUCGAAAUGUGCACACCAGCGAGAAGACUUUUGAAUGUAUCCAGUGUCGCAAGUGGUUUAAACAUGCUUCAUCUCUAAAAUUACAUCAAAGAUUGCACAGUGGGGAGAAACUUUAUCAAUGUAACCUUUGUAACAAGGCUUUCACUCAAUCAGGAGGCCUGAAGCAACAUAAGCGAUCACACACGGGAGAGAGGCCGUUUAAAUGUGAUCAGUGUGAGAAGACUUUCACCCAGAAAGGCCAUUUAAAGGAUCACAAACAGAAACACUUGAGCGGAAAGCUUUACAAGUGUCAAGGGUGUAGAAAGAGUUUUGUGCGGGAAGAAGACCUGAACGAGCACAAAGGAUUGCAAUCCUGUGGAGAUGCAUGUGAAUGCAGUUAUUGUGGGAAGUGGUUCAAAAACAGCGCCUCCUUAAAGGUACAUCAAAGAAUGCACACUGGAGAGAGACUUUUUAAGUGCAGCCUUUGUGACAAAUCGUUCACUCAGUCAGGAGGUCUGCAGCAACAUACAAGAACACAUACAGGAGAGAGGCCGUUUAAAUGUGACCAGUGUGAGAAGAGAUUUACCCAGAAAGGCCAUCUGAAGGAUCACAAACGGAGACAUGCGGGAGAAAAGUUUCUUGAGUGUCAACAGUGCAGAAAGCGUUUUUUGCGGGCAGAAGACCUGAGUGAGCACAAAAGAUUGCAAUCCUGUGGAAACCCCAGUGAAUGCAGCCAUUGUGGGAAAAGGUUUAAGAAUAGCGCUUCUCUAAAGGUACACCAAAGAUUGCACAUGGAAGAGAAGCUUUUUCAAUGCAGCCUCUGUGGAAAGGUGUUUACUCAGUCUGGGGGCCUGGAGCAACAUAAACGAACACACACAGGUGAGAAGCCUUUUAAGUGUGAGCAUUGUGGCAAAAUGUUUUCCCAGAAAGGCCAUCUAAACGAACACAAACACACACAUACAAGAGAAAAAAGUUUUGAGUGUAACCAGUGCGGAAAGGUUUUCAGUGGAUCCGGAAAACUAAAGGAACAUUCACGCGUACAUACUGACAGUAAGAAGUUUCAAUGUAAUCAAUGUAGCAAGUGGUUCAAACAUGCAAUAACCCUAAAGUUGCAUCAGAGAAUACACACGGGAGAAAAACUUUAUGAAUGCAACCUUUGUAAGAAGGCUUUUACUCAAUCAGGAGGUCUUGAGCAACACAAAAGAACGCACACCGGCGAGAGGCCUUUUAAGUGCGACCAUUGUGAGAAAACUUUCACUCAGACAGGGCAUUUGAAUGAACAUAAAAGAUUACACACAGGCGAGAAACCUUUCAAGUGUGGCCAGUGUGGGGAACAGUUCCAUCGGGAAGGCAAUCUAAAGCAGCAUCAAAAGUUGCAUGCUGAGAAAACCUCUCUUGAAUCGAAAACUUGCUCUAACUGCUCACGUAGUAACUUACCACUGAAGGAGUUCAGAGGAAUUAUUACCACAGGCGAGGAACUGUCGCUAUGCAACCAGUGUGAAAGGUUGUUCGGUGAGGCAGGUCGCCUGGAGGAUUACGAACAAUUGUGCACAGUUGAUGAUCCAUUGGAGUGCAAGAAGUGUGGAAAGUCUUUUGAUCGUCCAAGUCGACUUAAAGAACACGAGAGAGUACACAUAAGCGUUAGACUACAUGAAUGUAAGCAGUGCGGCAAGUGGCUAAAACACGAAACAACUCUGCGAAUACACCAAAAACUGCACACGGGAGAAAAUUUACACCAGUGUGACCAAUGUGGCAAGUCGUUCAAUCAAGCAGGAGGUCUUCAACAGCAUAAACGAACACACACUGGAGAAAGGCCUUUUCAAUGCAAACAUUGCUCAAAGACUUUUACUCAGGCAGGACAUGUAAGAGAACACGAAAGACUACACACUGGAGAGAAACCAUAUAAGUGUGAGGAGUGCGAAGAAUGCUUCAGUCGCGCAAGUAGUCUGAAGUUACAUAAAAGAACGCAUUCAAAAGAUAUGCCUUUUCAGUGUAGUAUUUGCGACAAGUGUUUUAAUAAUAGAUUAUCCUUUGCAAGACACGUAGAUAUACACAAGGAGGCAACGCAUGUAGAAAGCAAUCGGUAUAAGACCUCAAAUGUUCAGUUUGAACGCGGUCAGCAACGUGGAAGGAAGCAAGCAUGUGAUCAGGUUUUGGAAUGUAACCAGUGCGGAAAGACGUUCAAGAAACUUGAAUAUCUAAAAGAACACCAGUGGUCACAUAUCCAAGAAAAGCUUUUCAAAUGCAGCCAGUGUGACAAGAGUUUUAGGCGAGCAAGUAACUUGAGGGAACACAAGAGAGUGCACACCAAAGAAGAACGUAUCCAGUGUGAUCAAUGUGAUAAGAGUUUUAAACACGCGGCAACUCUCAAAGUACAUAAGCGAGUUCAUGCAGAAGGGAAGUUAUUUCAGUGCAACCUUUGCGAAAAGUCGUUCACUCAAGCAGGAGGUCUGGAGCAACACAAGCGAAUACACACUGGUGAAAGGCCUUUUGAGUGUGACCAGUGCGACAAAUCUUUUAUGCAGGGAGGACAUCUUAAGGAACAUAAAAGCAUACACAGUGGGGAAAAACCACACGCAUGUGAUCAGUGCGGACAAUGCUUUAGAUUGAAGAGCAUUCUGAAGCUCCAUAAGAAAGCACAUUCAGAAGAGAGGCCCUUUCAAUGUACCCAGUGUGACUUGUGCUUCGUACGGAAAAGAGCUUUAAGUCUACAUGAAAGAAUACAUAAACAAACAACACAUCCCGAAAGCAGUCCGGGCAAGAUUUCUCCAGGUAGAGAAUUAAAUAUAGACCAUAAAGCCCAUGGUCCAUAUCAGUGCAAAUUUUGCCCAAAGACAUUUAUUCAAGAAAGUCGCGUAAAGAAACACGAAAGAACACACUCUACUGAGAGGCCGUUUAAGUGCUCGCGCUGUGGCAAGUGUUUCAGGUGGAAAGGGAAUUUGAAAGCCCACGAAAGAGGACAUACUGUCGAUAAGCCUAUCCCUUGUGACUGCUGUAGCAAGAGUUUCAAAAACAACUCAACUUUAAGAGUUCAUAAACGCAUGCAUACAAGAGAGAACCUACAUCAGUGCAACCUUUGUGGGAAGGUGUAUACACAGGCUGGAGGUCUGGAGCAACACAAAAGAACUCACACCGGGGAGAGGCCCUUUAAAUGCCCACAUUGUGGCAAGUCCUUCUAUCAGAAAGGUCAUUUAAAUGAGCAUUUAGCAAGACACACUGAGAAAAUGCUAUUUGAAUGUGAUCGUUGUGGUGAAGGAUUUUCUCGUAAGAUAUCGUUAACUAAACAUCAGGAAACACACACAGUAGAAGCUCCCUCUGAGACUGAUGAACACAAAGCGGUUUGUUUUAGCCUCCAUGAACUGUUAAGCAAUUUUACCGAAGAAACAGCACAACAGUUUUCGAUCAUGGAGGAGGAGGAGGAGGUUUAAAUCACACGUACUGGAGUUCCCUCUCAAGCUACAUGACAUUUUGUGUUAGGAGAACAUCUUAUACCCAUAUCUUGUUGAAUUCAGUUAAACACUGCUCUAGUCCAUGAUUCCAAACUGUAAAGACAAGAACGGAAAAUGCAUGUAACUGAAAAAGGGUAGGCAAACUUAAAUGGACCAAGUUGAGGUUUUCUGCUUAUCUUCGUUAACUAUAACUUCUAGACGUUAAUUUCUCAUUUUUUUUUUUAGCAAAAUUACAGGAAAGACAAGAAUAGUUGUUAAGCAGUUCAACUGACGCUUCAAUACCCAGUUUGGUCAACGAUCUACAUGUUUUAACAUUCCUCUUUUUAAUAGUGAACAACUGUAUCCCAAAAAGGAGGGAAAUUCGUUCCUUUUAUGUCUUCUUGUUAUAUUGCUAUUUUGUCCUCAUUUGUGUUUGACUACGGACUCUCUAGCGUAAUUUAAUGACCGUUCAAACCCUAACCUAAACAGAUUUUUGAUGUGCAAUCAGUUAUGAAAGUUCUAACCCUAACUUUAACAGAUUCUGUAGUGUAAUUUCACGACAGAUCGUGGUGAAUGAUAUAACUCCUAAUAGCCCUCGUAGAAUUCACGUUUCUAGCUUUCUCCUAUUUCUUUGUAAAAUCUCUUUCUUACUUAUUUUUGCUGGUUGCACUGUUGAGAUUGUUAGUGUAGCGAAUUUUCUGGGAUUUUAUGAAUGCAUAGAUUAAAAUCGUUUUAAGUACUAACCGGCGAGUUAUUUAUACGCAUCU